AUGUCUGCUCCACCGUACAAGGCAAUCGAAGAUUAUGGCAUCAUCGGGGAUAUGCACACGGCUGCUCUCGUCAGCAAGGAUGGAAGUAUGGACUUCCUAUGUUGGCCCGUCUUCGACUCCCCAUCAGUCUUUUGUCGACUCCUAGAUAAGGACAAAGGCGGCCAUUUCAGUAUUCAUGCGAAUGUCGCACACGACGGGAUCCCUCUGAGCAAGCAGAGAUAUCUGCCUUAUACAAAUAUCUUGGAGACUCGUUGGAUUCAUGAGAUUGGAGUUCUAAGUCUGAUUGACUUCUUCCCUGUUUCCAACCACAAAUCCCCCCAGUCUGAUAGACACUUGUCUGGUUAUUGUGCCUGUACUGAGCCAGGCGGCAACCGUUGGAAGUCUGGUGCCAAGCACUCGGGCAUCAUUCGUCGACUGGAAUGCAGCCGAGGCACUAUGGGGGUCACGGUGGAAGUAUUUCCUGCCUUCAAUUACGCCCAGGAUGGUCACACUACUCGUCUCAGCCCGAAAGCUGACGAACCAGGCAACAAACUGCAGUGUGUGUACUUUGAGUCUCCUCAGGAACGGCUCCAGUUGGAUAUUUGGAUCGACAACAAGAAAGAAGGACAGGGUCCUCCCAAGGCUAUUUACCGCCUUGAGAAUCGACCGGGCCAUCUGGGUCAAGGUCUUGUCGUCGACGUAGAGAUUUCUGAGGGACAGUCAAUGAUCUUUGUCCUCCAUAGCCCUGAGAAAACUCUUCCGGGACCUACUCAGCUCGCGUCCUAUCUCUCACGACUUGAGUCGGAAACCUUCCACUUCUGGACUGACUGGAGCCACAAAUGCACAUUCCGUGGCCACUAUCGUGAGACUGUCGAGAGGAGUCUACUCAUUCUCAAAUUGUUGACGUACAAACCUACGGGAGCCGUUAUAGCGGCGCCAACAUUCUCUCUACCAGAGAACAUUGGCGGUACUCGCAAUUGGGAUUACAGAUACUCCUGGGUCCGAGACACAUCUUUCACAUUGUACGCCUUUCUCAAGAAUGGCUACGACGAAGAAGCCGAGGCGUACAUCACGUUCAUCUUCGACCGUGUUUUCCCACCUCUAACUCAGAAACAGUAUACCAAGGAGCAACACCGGCCCUUCUUGCCGAUCAUGUUCACGAUCAGAGGAGACUCGGAAAUACCCGAGUUUGAGCUGAAUCACAUGGACGGAUACCGUGGCAGUAAACCAGUUCGUAUUGGCAAUGCGGCCGCCUUCCAUACACAGCUGGACAUUUACGGCGAAUUGAUGGACAGUAUCUACAUGUACAACAGCCACGCCAAACCAAUUCAGUACGAUCAAUGGCUCGGUAUUCGUCGCAUGGUUAACUAUGUGAUUCAAGUCCGUGACGAACCUGAUAUGUCCAUCUGGGAAGUCCGUGGUAAACCGCAACACUUCCUCUACUCCAAGAUGCUCCUCUGGGUCGCUCUCGAUCGUGGGGUGCGUCUAGCCGAUAAGCAUUCUACUCUACCAUGUCCCGACAAACAACAAUGGAUCCGUGUCCGUGACGAUCUUUACGACGAAAUCAUGGAUAAAGGAUUCAACGAGGAGAAGGGAUUCUUCUGUCAGAGUUAUGAGAAUACUGAAGUCGUCGAUGCUGCCCUCAUGAUUGCUCCUUUGGUACUCUUUGUUGAACCUAAUGAUCGUCGGUUUCUGAGCACAUUGGAUAAAGUUUUGGAACCGCCCGAGAAAUCUGGAUUGACUAGUGCUAGUAUGGUGUUUAGAUAUGACCAUGAAAAGGCCCAAGACGGUGUCGGCGGCCGUGAAGGCGCCUUUAUCAUGAUUACAUUCUGGGCCAUAGAAGCCAUGUUCCGGGUACGCUAUUCCCCCCUUUUCUUCCCAACCCCUCACUCCACCCCCAUAUCUGACCUUGAGAAAAAGGCAUCAAAAUACACCGACACCCUCCCCAACGGUGACGACAUCCGUCGCAAAGCAAUCGCCAGUUUCGACAACUGCCUCUCCUUUGCCAAUCAUUUGGGAAUCUUUUCCGAGGAAGUGGCAAUCAGUGGCGAGGCGAUGGGUAAUGUGCCGCAGGCUUUUAGUCAUUUGUCGUGUAUUAGUGCUGCAAUGAAUUUGCCUGAUAUUCGUCGUUGA